GCUUGGUUGCUGGCUGAGUAAGCUCUACCUCUUAAAGUCAAGUGGUGCAGUCAUGUUAAGCAUCUGGGGAAUAUUACCCUAAAGGUGGGGGUGUAUUUGUUGGCCCAUCUAACCGCAAACAUUUGUAAAGUGGUAGCGACACACAGUUCGCAACUCAGUGGAAUCAUUUCAGCAUAAUUGCACAGGAACCAUGGAGAGGGGACGCUGUAGCUAACGGCGGCUAACGCUAUUGCCGUUUUCACUUUCAGUGCUUCCUCUCUAGCUACCUUGCGUUUUGUCAUGAAAAACUGAGCAACUGUCAACCACCACCUGCCUGCCCUAACCUCAGAGGCCAGAGCUAAGUGGCCACAUCCACGGACAGUCUUGCCGUUCCACCACUUUAAAUGGAUUGCAAGAUCGACUGUAGAGGAUAUCUUAUUUGUCUCCAGGAAAACACUGUGUAGGCUGAACUGGUGCAUCAAUGGACGAGGAACCACCUGAGAGCCCGUUCCCUGGCACAGAGCCUGUGGAGGAAGAUGUGGGACAAAGCACAGAGGAGCAGGGCAGCAAAGCAGAAAACACCUCUGAGGCUGAACCAGCACAGGAACCCAUGGCACCUUUAGAGAGUCUUGAUACAAAAGAAAACCCCAGCUCAGAUCCCGUAGAGGAGGCCCCAAGAGAGAUAAAGGAGGAGGAGGAGAAGGCCACUGGGGGUGAGCCUCCCGUUGACUGGUUCGAGCCCCUUGAGGAGGAUGAUGAUGCCUACAGCGUUGAUAGGAAUGAUGCAGAGGAGGAAAGCCUGGCAGGAGAAAGUGAAAGGAGUGAGAGUGUGGCGGGCAGCGAGAAGGCUUUCAAAAAGAUAAAUCAGCUUCACGUUCCCCGCCAUAAGCGAUCACAUGCUGACGAGGGAUGGGAGGAUUGGCCGGUACUCGGAGAGGGCUGGAAACGCAAAGAAGUUGUUCGGCGCUCAGGGUCCAGUAUUGGCCAGAAGGAUGUGUAUUACCUAAGUCCACAAGGUGGUCGAGUGAGAAGCAGAGUAGAGCUGACUAUAGUGCUGGAUGGGCAACUUGACUUGACAACCUUUGAAUAUAAGACGGGGAAGUUCUACGAUGGUGAAGCACUACCCAUAAGAGUUCGAAACAGACUGAAGAGAAAGAUGCGGGAGCGUUCUUCCUCAGAGUCCAGCUUCAUGGAGAGAGGAGAGGGAGCCGACACCCCGGACUCUCACCACAGACUCACCCCCAACCUGGGGCCCAAAAACGUUCAAACCAACCAGACAAGCUUCUCCCCGCACCGUACAAUGGGAACACCAAACCAAGUCUCUCCCAGUGAUGAUCCACCGGCGGAAGAUAAAAUUAAACUUCCCCUUCCGUCAUCAUCCAAACCGCUCCCACUCCCCUCGAUAAAUGGAGAAAUUGGGUCAGAGGACAGCACUCUGAUCUGUGCCAGAUGUGGUAUUUCCUUCACAGGCACAUGGUAUGACAAACAAAGGAAGAGGCCCUGCUGUCCCUCCUGUUGGGCAGCCUCAAAGACAAAGGAGCAUCCGAUGAUUCGUUUCAGAAAGUGGAUUCCUUGUGGGCAGUGUGUGGGAUGCCACAACACAGUCAACUGUGGGCAGUGUGCCAACUGCAAGCAUGGACUGCAGAGCCCCGAGUCCAGGAAACGCAUAUGCCGGAAACGUAAAUGUAUAUGUCCUAUUCGCAAGGGCCCUGGAAGUGGAACCUUCAUGCAGCAGAGGCCUUAUAUUGACAUUCCUGAAACCUUUGAUGACACAUGCAUGAGUUUCCAGAGUGAAAUUGCAGACUCACAGCAUCCGAGUCUCAAAAGCAGUGACACAGAAAACUUCUCAGUCAACGUAGACGUUGACGAUGAGGACGAUAUGUCAACUGACGACGAUGAUGAUUGGCAUAAGAAGCGGAAACGGCGCUCCUGUGGAGAAUGCAAAGCCUGUCUCUGCAGGAAAGACUGCGGCACGUGUGAUUUCUGUAUAGACAAACCCAAGUUCGGAGGCAGCAACAAAAAGAGGCAGAAGUGUCGUCUACGGCAGUGUCAGAGACAGGCAAUGAGACACUUACUGCCCUUCCAGAUGGGGCAAGGAGACUAUGGGCCAGAUGGUUCAUUGCUGCCGGGCAGGCCUCGACCUCACUACACAUACAGUCGCAAGUCAGGCUUUAAGAAAAACAGAGGACCACAAUUUAGCUUGGACUUCACCGACAAUGAGGAUGAUGACAGUAACUUGCCAGCAACGAGUUGGAGCUCUGAGCUUGCCAGCGGUAGUAAACACAGUGAACUGAAUGUGAGAAACCACCAAUCAUCUAUGCAGCUGAAUUAUUCAAAUUUUGGACAGCGGAAUGGGCUUCCUGACAGAGUCCCUCAUAUCAGCAACCAUAACAACAAUUGUCAACUUAACCAGCUAAGCAGAUGGGAUGCAGAGAGGUCACACGCAGGCAGAGAUGGUCAAAAGCAUGCUGACGAAGAAGAGGAAGAAGAGGAUGAAGAGGAGUUGCCCAUGAUCACACAGAUCUUCAGUUUGGCUGAUAGCCAACCAGGGAAUGGUGCAGAUGUUGAGAACCAGCUAAUGAAACUGCUACACUCUUUGCGCUCCUCUGUACUGCCAAUCCUAUGGUAUGCCAUAAUGGUGGAGGGCCCACAGCUGCAGCUUAUCCAGUGUUCAAAACAGUCCAGUAUGACCGACACCAUGGUACUGAUAGACCCAGGCUUCUGCUAUCAGAUCACUGUGCAAAAGCAGCCGCUGCUCCCCACCCACCCUCUGUACGACAACUACCCAGCACGCUUAACUUCUAUAAACGAGGUGGUCGAUCUGCUUUUGGGACUGGAGAAAUACGUUGUGUGCCAGGGCCUUCCACCCAGAGAGCCAUUCCCUAAUAGAGACCCAGUCAUGCUCGAGCGGGCAUCAACAUGUGAUUUCUUGGUUAAGAAGAAUGUGAGCAUCUGUUCUAACUGCAGAGCGCUGCAAGGACUUUAACUACAGACAGGAGAAAAUCUCUUACAACAGUGGACACCAUUCUGGUGCAAAUUUAUGCCGUCGAUCCCCUACCCCCCCACACCUUUUUUUUUUUUUUUUUUUUUUUUUUUAAGGUGGUAACAUAUAGGACAUUCUACAUAUUUACCUCUGGACCGUAAUAGUAAACGAUUUGAUAAUUUGAAGACUCACCAAAGGUAUUCCAGGAGCUGUGACGUUAUGAACCUAGCACGUUUCCUUUCCGGAUGUCUAAUGUUGUUGGGUGGUGUAGGGCUUUUUUUCAUGACUUAUUAUGUCAGACUUUGAACAGUGUGAUAGGUAGAGCUAAAAUCCAUAUGUGCUGUUGGUUGAGCCACACUCUUACUUGAGAAAUACAUAUUCCUUUAUGUUCAUCCUGUUUAUUUAGCAUUAAUUUCAGUGAUUGAUCAGAGCUUUUGGAAUUUUUUGGUGCAAUGCUGGCACUAACUUAAUGUUCAAACCUCUAAAUUAUUGUGUAUACCAGUAUAUUGAGAUAAAAACUGAAAAAAGAGACCGUGAAAUAUGCCUUGCAUACAUUACUCUUAUUUCACUAGACAGAGUACAGUGCAUAUAAAAACACAUCCACCCCCCCAUACAUCUUUUUUCAUUAUUAAUGAUCAGAGGGGUAUCCACUUGGUUCCAAAGGUCACACAAUAUGAUAUAACAAACCUACAACAAAGACACUGAAAAGCAUCAACUGAGAGGGAUAUAAGAGCAUUUAGGUAUAGGUAUAGCAUGGAGCAUAAAGGUCAGUCAUGAUGACCCACAUGACUCCAUGGCUGAGAUGGGAGACUGUGUCAGACAACAACUGUUGCUUCAACAGUUGUAGCUUUAUGCCAGAGGCAAAGUGAAAGCCACUGCUAAAAAAAAAAAAAAAAAAAAAAAAAAAAAAAAAAAAAACUCAAGACAUGCCAGAGGACAUGGGAGAGUGAAAUCAAGCUAAUGAAGGUACUGUGUUCUGAUGGGCUCCUGGCAACCAUGCAUCAGUUUUCUCAAACAUUCACUGCUCCCAACAUAGCCUGACAGAGGAUGAGUUUUGCAAAGAACAAUAAGUACCUCUAUGUAGUAUUGAUUCAGCAGGAGUCAAUACUUGAGCAGUUCGCUUGAUAUAUUUGUAAUACAUUUGAACAAAUUGACAACAGAGUAUUUUUAUUUACAAUGCAGUAAAUAUAAUGUCACAACUAUGAAACGUGUAAAAAAGCAUAAAGCUGUUUCGCUGAAGGCUUGAUUAUAAACAGAAACCCAAGAAAAAGGUCACAUUCAUCAUCAUGUCUGUGGCACAUGCUUCUGCACUUAAGAAGACGUCAGCUGGUUUUUAAUUGGUAGUUACAUUUGAAAUAUGCUGAAACGUAUUUUCCAAAAGGACAUCUGGUGAAAUUUGGUGUUGUGGGAAAAAUUCAUUGCAUUGUCUUUCCAUUUUUGGUCUUGAAUAGUAUGAUGAUUGAUAGUUGAUAUUGUAAUUAAAAACUUUUGAUGGGUUUUGUUUAAAGUGUAUAAAAACUCAAUUUUCCCCAGUUGACGAACUCAAUGAUUUUAACAAUGUGAAAGUUUAUGCAUUCUUAACAUAUAUCAGAUUUAUUUUUGUUAUCUUGGUUUCCUCAAGUAACCGUGCAAAUUUUGAAAUGUUUGGGAUCUGUCAAUUAUUCUUUUUAAAACCGUUAUUUAGUCUUUGAAUUAAAACAUGUUCAAAGAAAUGAAA